AUGAAAAACGUGAACAAAUUUGUAAUAUUGUCACUACUUCUAAUGAUAAACUAUGCAUUGGAAGAUGUGGAUAUGAAAUAACAAAUUUAAUAACUUGAUCAAAACAGAUUUGGUCACACUCUUCUUGAUACGAUUUACUUGUAAUUGUAAACCUAAGAACCGAUUGAAAGAUUGAUGGGAACUUUACAAUAAAUCGAAGAUAGAUAUUAUCAAGAUUAAAAGGAAGAGGAUGUUUCACACAAAGACUAUCAAGACUCCUGCUCUGUGGUAAUGUCUCUAACCAUUUCAUAUAGGAUCUCUAAAAUUUAGAUCAAAAUAUCAAAGUGAGUGACAAUGAACGUAUUAAAUUGGAAGCAAGAUUGGAAGGUGAACUCUAUCCAAAGAGAGAAAUCUUAUAGAAAUUAAUAACUUAAAAGCAAGGAGAACUUAAAGAAUUCAGCGAUGAGUUGAAUGAAUUAGAUCAAUAGAGAGAAGAAGAAAAUGAUGAGCAUCAACACAAAAUUCACGAACACGAAGAUGUUAUUGCCAUCUUGAUGUAGGCUAGAACAUUGUUCUCAGAGAAUCUAUAGUCUCAUGACAACUCCUUUAUUUAAUUGAAUAACAAUGGAAUUGAAUUACUGUAAAAGCACUUCGGAGCAUCCAUCAAAAGAGCAAGUACUCAUCAAUUCUCAACCAUUAAAUAGGUAAAUUCACCUAUAGAACCUCCUGGGGGAAAAUGUUCAAAGCUUUGGCCACCAUAACUUCAAGAGUUAAUCAAUUGUAAGAUUCAGCAUAAGUUGAGAAUGUCAUUUUGCUUAUUGAUUAAUUAUUAGAACAAGUUCAUGAUUCAAUGGAUCUUGAGAAGUUCUCAGAGGAAAAAAGAAUACAAGCCUAUGAGAAAACUAGAAAUUUGCUUGUCAUUUCAAUCAACACCACUGAAAGCACUUUGGCCUCAGCCAUAUCAGAUUUGGCAUUGUAUCUUAUUUAUUAAGUCUGUCUAGAGUCAAUGAAGUUAUAGAGUAGACACAAGCUACUCUCGAUAAUGUGAAUUAGAGAUUGGAAAUGCUCCAAUAAUCUAGAAAUGAUCGAUUCAUCAUAUGUGAACAAGAGGCUUAGGAUUACUCGGAUUCCAGAGCACAAAGGUAAUGAUUAGAUUUGUUUACUUUUAGGGAUUCUGACAGAGAUGUCGUGUCUUAAACCAUUGGAUUGUUGAAUAAAUCAUUAAGAACUUUGAAGGAGUAAUUGGCAUUGAGAAUGGCUGCAGGAGAAUAAUUGGAAGAUGUUUGAUUUAAUAUUAUCAGUUUGACAUUCAA